CUAAAUGGUGUAAUGUGCAAGAAUCCUAUGCUAGUAGAAGCCAAUGAUUUUUACUAUGGUGGUUUGAAUGUACCUAGCAACAAAACCACUCAAUCUGGUAUCAAGGUGACUCUUGUUAAUGCAGCUCAAGUACCAGGACUCAACACUCUUGACAUUUCAAUGGCUCGCAUCGACUACGCACCUAAUGGAGUUAACCCUCCACACAUUCACCCUAGAGCCUCCGAGAUGCUCGUACUCCUUCAAGGCUCGUUACACGUUGGAUUUGUCACUUCCAACCCUGAAAAUCGGUUAAUUUCGAGAGUCAUACAUAUGGGGGAUGUGUUUGUUUUUCCAGUAGGACUUGUUCACUUUCAGAGAAAUGUGGGAUAUGGAAAUGCUGUUGCACUUCUUUCAAUGAGCAGCCAAAAUCCGGGCUUAAUAACCAUUAAAGAUGCAGAGCAGACUCUGCCAGAGCAAGUGAGGUUUAUACCAUGGCAUUCUAAGUAGAUGAAGAUAUAUUGUUAACAUGAUUCAAUAUUCACUAAUUAUUGUAGUAACCUACUAGUAUUAUCAUUAUGUUACAAGUAAAAAAUGUUGGUAUUAUCAUUUGAAGAAUUUAGAAGAU